UGACAAAAUGGAACCCACCAGCAGUGUGAGGAGACCUGAAAGUGGCACAUGGCAGAGUGUGGCGAUGGAGACAGCAGCAAUGGGAGGCCGUACAGGGACCCAUGACACACUCUGGACCUGGCAGCAGCAUGAGGAGGCAGUACAGGGGCCCAUGACAGAUUACGGGCCUGGCAGCAGCAUGAGGAGUCGUACGGGGGCCCAGCACCCUAUCACAAAAUGGAACCCACCAACAGUGUAAGGAGACCUGAAAGUGGCACAUGGCAGAGUUUGGCGAUGAAGUCAGCAGCAAUGGGAGGCCGUACAGGGACCCAUGACACACUCUGGACCUGGCAGCAGCAAGA